CUUAUAAGGCGGGCGGGCGGCGUCGCUCGCAUAAACAAGUGGCCGCCGCCGAGCGCUCCGCACUUGCCACCUCGCUGCACCGGACGCGGAACUAUCCUAAUUGCAGUGUGACGCACUCUCUGGAUUUGUUACUCUUGUGUGCCGUGUGAUGAGCAGCCGAAGAUGAUGUGUGGCUCGGUUCCGCUGCUGCUGGUGGCGCUGACCACGGCCCUCGCCGCGCCCUCGCCCGCCUUCCACGAUUCGGAUAACUCGGAACAGAUAAUAGUCCCGCAGAAGCGAGCCGCCCUGGUGCUGGACCGGCUGCUGAUCGCGCUGCAGAAGGCUCUGCACGAGGACAGCCAGCAGAAGGCCGCGCCCAGCAGAGAGUGGCCCCGCACCGAGCCGCUGAGGAUCAACAUGGAUAACGAUGGGGACAUGAGGGAUCAUUACGAGGAGGUCCGGCCGCUGAGUUUUGAUCUGUACGAGCCCGUCAUCGCGCCCACCCCGCCGGCGCCCAGGCAUAGCGACAGUGUAGACACGAGCGGCCUGCAGCGGCGCGGACAAGGCGGCGGGCGCGGCCGCGUCCUGCGUUGCUAUUUUAACGCGGUCACCUGCUUCUGAAACUUUAGAAGAUUAUUUUCGCCGGCUCCUUGUUUUCUGAUUUGAUUGUUUACUUAAUUUGAAAUGAGUUUAAUUUUUUAAGUCUAAACCUGUUUUCUCGAAAGUCUAGUUCAAUAUUUUAGCCGCAGUUGCGCUAUUUUUAAGACUUUUUCCAGUAUUUAUUAUAGGCAUAUUUCUUAACUUGUUUUAUGGAAACAGUUUUGUUUUAAAAGUUGAAGAUGAUACAAAAGUAACUUUGCAAUGUUUUUAAAUGAGUUCCAUGAUGAUGCAUUGAAACAAUAUUUAGGUGUAUCCAGUAAACUUAUUCUCUAACUUCAACUAUUAAUAAGUGUGAUCAAACUUGACCAUAAUUCCUUUACGUUACUACUAUAGGUUGUUUCGAUAUUUGUAAAUUCAUGGCCAUUUCGGCCAA